AUGCUCCCCAGGGACCAGAAGCACAGCAAGGGUUUCAGCCUGAGGUGCUUCGGCGGCGGCUCCAGGGGCAUCGAGGCUGCGGCCGGGCUUCUCGCCUUCCUCGGCCGCUGCCCCGAGCUGCAGGUCCUGAGCCUGGGGCGGUGCGACCAGAUCCCGGCUGCGGCAUGGCAGCAGCUCGAGGGCGCCCAGUGGCCGAAGCUCACGAAGGUGGACUUCGGGCGGUGCCUCGGCUUUUGGGCGCCUGUUGGAGUGUGUGUGGUCUGGUCGAGAUCGUUGUUGGGGUGCGAUGGGGAUGUGGGAGUGGACGAGGUGGCAGGCACCCAGCCGUUUCACAGGAGCGGUCUAACAAAUUGUCGUUGUGUGCUUAGCUCAGAGCCGUGA